UUUUACACAAUGAAUAAAUAUAAUAAUUUAUUACGUAGUUUAGUUAUACAAUACAAAAGUAAAAUACAUACAAAUUACAGGGUUUAUAAUAAAGAAGAAGAUAAAACUAAGGUGCAAACUAGUAAUCCAUUUUGUUUGAAACCAAUCGAAUAUGAGAGUCGAGUUCUUAGAAGACAUGAGAAUGAAGAACGACAACAACUCUACGAGUUCGGUUUAUACGUUGCUGCUUGCAUGCCAAAGUUUGUACAAAAGAUUCAAAUGCAACAUACGGAUGAAUUAGAAAUACUUACAGCACCAGAAGGCCUCUACCCGGUCCUCAGUUUCAUGAAACUCCAUCACCAUGCAUGCUUCAAUCAGUGCCCUGCUGCAACAGCCCUAGACGUUCCCAGUAGAGAAUUUAGAUUCCAGGUCAUGUAUUCCCUAUUAAGUUUGAGAUUUUCCAGUAGGAUAAGGGUGUUGUCUUACACAGAUGAACUAACCCCACUUGAGUCAGCUUAUUCCCUUUGGAAAAGUUGCAAUUGGAUGGAGAGAGAAAUCUACGACAUGUUUGGAAUAAUUUUUUUUAAUCAUCCGGAUUUGAGAAGAAUUCUCACGGAUUAUGGGUUUACUGGUCAUCCCUUGAGGAAAGAUUUUCCGUUGACUGGUUAUAUCGAGGUUCGUUAUGAUGAUGAGCUUAAGAAGAUAGUAUACGAGCCAGUGGAGUAUGCCCAGGAGUAUAGACGGUACAAAUUAGAAUCACCUUGGAACUACCUCAAGAAUUUUCACGAGGGAUAUAAUAACCCAAAGCCUGUAAAAGUAGAGAAAUAAACUUAUUCAGCAAUUGA